UCAAGGACUUCAUUUCAGAUGAGACACUUCAAUCAAUUCCUUCCAACUUUGCAAGGAAGACACUUCGGGCUUGUGAUGUUUCUUGGAUUUCACACUGUACUGUCAGAGAUAUUCCACGUGUUUACACCAGAUGAUCCCAUCACAGUCUCUGUGGGUGAAGAUGUUGUACUAGAGUGCCAAGUGGUCCCAGCUAUAUCUCUGAACAUCUUAGAGGUUCGAUGGUUUACAUCAGACUCAGCUUCACCAGUUCAUUUAUACACUGGAGGACAGGAUCGGCCUGAUGUACAGGACAAAGAUUAUCAAGGGAGGACAGAACUGUUUAAAGAUGAGUUUCCCCGUGGAAAUGCUUCUCUGAAACUGAAGAAGAUAAAAGGAUCAGACAAAGGGAGUUACACGUGUUACAUUGACUCCAAAACACACCUUGACCAAGCAGUGAUAGAUCUGAAAGUUGAAGAGUUUGGACACCAGCCUUGGGUUCACGUGGAGGAAAGCAGCAAAGGAGGACUUUGUGUUGUGUGUCAGUCAGACGGAUGGUAUCCUGAGCCACUGAUACACUGGGAAAAUGGGGAAGGAGAAGAUGUGACAGCACAGUCUGAAACAGAAUUCAUUCAGGACUCCACAGGCCUCAUCACCGUCCAGAGUUAUAUUGAUGUCACAAGUGAUUCUGUAAACAGGUUUUCAUGUUUCAUAGAAAACCAGUUAUUGAGCAAAGGACAAGUGUCUCAUCUCCAGAUAUCAGAUGAGUUCUUCGCCAAAGUCAAUGCGACCAAUAUCUGGCUGGUAAUUCUCUCGGUGUUUGUCAGCCUUGUAAUUAUGGCAAUUACUGUUGAUGUAAUGGUCCACAGAAAAGAGGACAAAAUGAUUAAAGAUUCAUUGAAUUCCCCAGCUGAAAAAUGUCCCAUGUAA